UCAGCCUUUGUACGAGUCGAGAAAAAACUGUCUCUUUCCUCCAAGAACAAAAUCCUUUUCCUCUCUUCUCUUCUGUGUUUUGUCUUCUUCAAAUUUUCCGCGAAAAAAUCUCAAAUUUCAGACAAUCAGAUCUUCAAUUUCGAGCUUGGGUCUCUCUGAGUGACUUUAGGGUUGUUAGAAAAUGUUGGUGCAGAGAAGAGUAAUGAGCUGGAGAAGAGUUUGGAAGUCGUUUCAAGCUGUUCUUGCUCAUGGCUUGCUCUUCUCCUUCACCCUUCUUCUCGCUCUCAAGCUUGAUCAUGUCGUCUCUCGUUCGUGGUGGUUUAUAUUUACACCGUUGUGGCUGUUUCAUGCGGUGAUUGCUCGCGGUAGAUUCUCUCUGCCUGCUCCAUCUAUGCCUCAUGAUCGGCAUUGGGCUCCUUUUCAUUCUGUCAUGGCCACGCCACUUCUUGUUGCUUUUGAGAUCCUCCUCUGUGUUCAUCUUGAAGAUCAAUACGUUGUUGAUUUGAAGAUUGUAUUCUUACCGUUGCUUGCGUUUGAGGUAGCGAUAUUGGUAGAUAAUGUCAGGUAUUCUAUCAACGUUUUAAGAAUGUGUAGGACACUCAUGCCUGGAGAUGAAGAAACCAUGAGUGAUGAAGCCAUAUGGGAAACACUCCCUCACUUUUGGGUUUCCAUAUCAAUGGUUUUCUUCAUCGCCGCCACAACCUUCACUCUUCUUAAAUUAUGUGGUGAUGUAGCUGCCUUGGGAUGGUGGGACUUAUUUAUAAACUUCGGAAUAGCAGAGUGUUUUGCGUUUCUCGUCUGUACAAAAUGGAGCAACCAGUCAAUCCAUAGGUAUACACACGUACCGGAACCUAGCUCAUCUUCAAUGGUAGUGAGAUACCUGGACUGGAACAGAGGUUUAGUUGUGACCGCCGACGAAGAGAAUCAGCACAGUAAUAGAAUUUGCGGUCUCCAAGAUAUUGGUGGACAUGUAAUGAAGAUCCCUUUCAUCACCUUUCAGAUUAUCCUUUUCAUGCGCUUAGAGGGAACGCCUCCUUCUGCUAAAAACAUUCCUAUUUUAGUUCUGUUUGUGCCUCUUUUCUUGCUGCAAGGAGCUGGGGUGCUGUUUGCUACAUAUAGGUUGGUGGAGAAGUCUGUUUUGUUGAUAACUAGUGGUGGUGGUUCUUAUGGAAGAUACUUUACUGCUACUUCAUCAGCUCGUGAGUUCUUGGGAUUCUUUCAACAUGGUGCAAGAUUACUUGGCUGGUGGUCUAUCGAUGAAGGAAGUCGAGAGGAACAAGCUAGGCUCUACUCUGGAGAAGCCACCGGAUACAACACAUUCUCACCGGAGGUUGUGAAGAAGAUGCCAAAGUCUGAUCUUGUUGAAGAGGUAAGAGAACUUUUAAAAGUCAUUUUAAAAACAUUUGUGAAACUAUGCAAAGUUGUGGAAUCUCUUUUAAAACAGAUAUGGAGACUACAAGCUGCGUUGAGUGAGCAAACAGAUAUCACCACUUAUAGCCAGCAAGAGUACGAAAAGCUUCAAAACGAGAAGAUUCUGUGCAGAGUUUGCUUUGAAGAUCCCAUCAACGUGGUUCUACUCCCUUGUAGACAUCACGUCCUCUGCAGCACGUGCUGUGAGAAAUGCAAGAAGUGUCCGAUAUGUCGUGUCCUGAUUGAGGAACGUAUGCCUGUAUACGAUGUGUAGAUUUCAGAACACGACCAUAAAUGAAGAUAUAAACAUUCUUCUUUCUUCUGGUUCGUUGCGUGUUUGUUUUUUCUGUUUUUUAGUGAUGAAGCAAGCAUUUAUAAAUAAUAUAUGUAGCACCUUGGAAUCCGAUUGUUUUUUUUUCGAUUGUAUGUAGAUAAAAAUAUUGUAAACCAUCGUCGUAUAUGUCAUCAACCUUUAUCA